GCGCUGGCUCCAGCUAUGGCUGAAAGCGGCCGGACACUUCAGGCGCGGGCGCUCCUGCAGCAGUGCCUGCACGCCCGGCUGCAAGUACGCCCCGCCGAGCGGGACGCAGAGGCACAGUGGGUGGAGAUUCAAAGAGGAUUAGUGAUCUAUGUGUGCUUUUUCAAGGGAGCUGACAAAGAACUUCUUCCCAAAAUGGUUAAUACCCUGUUAAAUGUGAAACUAAGUGAGACAGAAAAUGGCAAGAACGUCUCUAUAUUGGAUCUACCUGGCAGCAUUCUUAUCAUCCCUCAAGCCACCCUCGGGGGGAGAGUUAAAGGAAGAAACAUGCAGUAUCACUCUAACUCUGGAAAAGAAGAAGGGUUAGAACUUUAUUCCCAAUUUGUGACUCUAUGUAAAAAAGAAUUAGCUUCUAACAGCAAGUGUGCUGAAGCUGGUGUUGUGGUAGAACAUGGCACUUAUGGAAACAGGCAGGUGUUAAAGCUGGAUACCAAUGGACCAUACACACACUUAAUUGAGUUUUGAAAAAUUAAAGUUAGUUUCCACAGUUGUUUUCUAGUAUAAAAUGAUCUGGGCUAUAACUACAUUUUCUUUUCCUUCACCCUGAAAAUACAAGCCUACAGCAUUUUUAGACAAGAAAACCAUGGGUUCCAUUUAUAACUGUAACCUGCUAAUUGGAUGGCCUCACUAGCUCACCUAAACUGGAUCUGUCACCUUUCAUUCUAUCUUCUCCUAAACAUCUGCUCAAAAAUUUGAAAACUGUUUCUGUUCACUUAAUGGUCACUUUGGAAAUGUUCUCAGAGAGCUGUUUUUAAGUAUUUCAAAUGAAGAGUUUUGUUCAACCAAGAAAAAUAAAUAUCUUAAACUCUCAAACAUAUGCAGUAUAUAAUAAAAAAUACUACUUGUAUUAAAAUUAGAUAAAACUCAGCACAAACCAAUUGUAAUUUU